UACAUUAAGUUCAAUAAAAAAGUAGCAAAAAAAUGCAAAAACAAAAAGUCAAAAAUUAUUAACAUGAUUGAAUUAUGUUCAAGAUGUAAUAGUCAUGUAUUUUCGUUUAACCGAAAAUAUGCUCUGGGUAGAAUAUGGCAUCGUCAUUGUUUUAGUUGUAAUCGUUGUAAUAAACAGUUAAGUGAUUGUUCGGUUGCUUUCCAUAAUGGUCAAUUACUGUGUCGAGAUUGUUAUAGCUUUCAUGAAUUUCCACCAGCUUGUAUAAAACCAAAAGAACCACUACAAAAACGAUGUGAAGUUUGCAAUUGUAGGUCUGUAUGCUCAAGAAAUGGUAGAACUUGUCAACGUUGUAGUCGUUUCAAAACGCUCAUGGAAGAUGAUGAAUCGAAAUCGAAUCAGUGUUCCAAAUCGAACUUUUGUGACAAAAAAACAUCAACUGUAUCAACGAUUACAUUUUGUCCUACGGCCAAUUCAACUAUGAACAAAGCAACAUCUACCUGUUCAAUUCCAAAUAAUCAAUCGCCAACCACAUCGAACAUAUUCAAAUUCCUCAACAAUGACCCUUGUUCAUCUAAAACAAAUCAAAAAGCAUCUACAGGAUGUUGUACAUUGAAAAGUGCUCAUAUAUCAAGAAAUGAAUCGUUUCCAUUGAACAAAAAACCAUCACCAUGCCAACAAAAACCAUUUCAAUAUUUGUACACAAGUAAAAAAACAUGUCCUGAAUUUUCAAGUACUCUUAAAGGCCCACCUGAAAAUUGUCCUCCAAGAAGUAAAUGUAAUGUAACCCAGAAUUUAAGUAGUUCUUGUUGUCAGGAGCCUAGCAGUAGGUUUCCUGAAGAGAAAUCCUGCCCUACAUGGAUACCCAAAUUUCCUACCAAUUCUUUACCAAAAGAUAGCCAACGCAACAAGUUUGUGAUUUUAGCAUUGCCUAUUCUUGGUGAGAUGGAAAUGUGA